AUGAGUUUCCUUUGGUGUCUAGCCACCCUGAUAUGGAAACCUAAACCAUUGAUUCCAAUAGAAGACAGGCUUAGCGCCCUUCCAGACUCAAUUCUGUGUCACAUUCUCUCUUUCCUUACCACCAAAGACUCCGCCGCCACAAGCAUCCUUUCAAAGAGAUGGAAUUCUUUAUGGCUUUCAGUCUUCACUAUUGAUUUAGUGGCCAAUAAGUUGUCAGACAUAAAAACCUUUGACAGUGUGAUUUUAUUGCGUGACAUCAAGGUACCAAUACAAAAACUCCGUCUCAAAUAUAAUGCCAGAGUUAAGAGAUUAAGAUAUGAUGUUGACGUACUCAUUAGUCAAUACUGCCGCGACCAUAUUAACCCCCUUAUUACGGCAGCAUUUGAAAGAGGACUUGAAACCUUAGAACUUGACAUGCAAUUGGCUCCUUUAUGCGUGCAAUUUGCUUCUGGCAUAUUCAGUUGUAAAACACUUACUGUCCUCAAGUUAAGACACCUCAAAAUUGUGAUUGAAGACCUUCCUCGAAUAAAUACUUCACCACUCAAAACUCUGCAUUUGGAUCACGUGACGUUCCGAUGUCAUACACAUAUCAUCAACUUUCUCUUAUCCUUUCCCACUCUAGAGGAAUUGCAAGCAAACGUUGUUGGAGUAAGGAAGUUUUUUCAACAAAAAGAAACGAUCAAAUGCUCGCCAAAUUUGAUUAGAGCUAGUGUUUCUGAUAGCGAAGCUAUUUCACUCUUCCUGCUCUCUAAAGCAGUCACUCUAACUAUAAACCUGACAUCGACUUAUUUGAUGCGAAUUGAGCAUACAUGGUUUCGAUUCCCUACUUUUCACAAUCUAACUCAAAUUGAGCUGGUCUUCAAAUAUGAUAGUAAGAAGAAGUGGAGGUGGAUGCUAGAAAUGCUUCACCAGAGUCCCAAGCUUCAACAUCUUAUCAUUAAUGAGAAAAUGGAAUAUGGUGACGGUGAAGACAAUUGGCAGGACCCAACUGUUGUUCCGGAAUGUCUUUCAUCUCAGCUCAAAACUUGUUUAAUUAGAAAUUGUAGAGGCCAAAAGUCUGACCUUCAAUUUGCAGAAUUUGUAAUGCGGAAUUCAAAAGUAUUACGGACCAUGACAAUCCACAGUUCAUGUUCCAUUCUUUUAAAAGCUAAGUUUAUGGUUUUACAUAAAUUAUCUCCGUAUCCAAGAAACUGUAAACUUAUAUUUGAAUGA